AUGUUUCGGACCUUACGCGAACUCCCACGAGUUAGUUCAGAAUUAAUGCCUACAAAAACCAUCCGUUCCGUGCAGAUCCAUACCGUCCCCAUACCUUCCAAGGAGCCUGGACCUUUCGCCGCCUCUCCCCCUGCCGCCGUGGAAGCCAGCCGCACGUCCACGUUUCGGCCUGUUGUCAGCCGUGGCCGCACAGGGGUCUUUACCCCAAACUUUGCUGGGCCCCAUGGUUGUCCUUCCUUUGCAGAGAAGACAGUUGAGCCUCAGAGAGAGAAAGUAGUUUUCCAAGAUCAUACAGGUAAGAAACGGGAGAACACAACUCUGAGCCUAGUUCAGCCUUUCUCGAUAACGUUGGCGACUGGCCUUGUUACCACCUCCUCGGCUUCCUUCUCCCUGGAGUGUGUCCUCGCCUCUUUCCUUCCCAUCCCUUCCCAAGCGUGUCCCUCUUCUCAGCUGCGUCUGGGAACACUGGCCUUUCUCUCCUAUUACAGAACUGAACAGCUCAGGCUCGUCUGCUCUCAGGCCCGAAGAAAAGUGCAGGAGUGGAAACGGAGGUUAGAAAAAGCAAGUGGGCGCUCACAGAGGAGCUGGUCAAGGAGUGGGGUGUGGAUGGAGGAGAUGGAAUGGAAAAGACUGGCAUUGCCGGAAGGUCUUCAGAGAGCUGAAGGAAUAGACCCGGCUGGAGGACGAUGCAGGGCUGCCCCGUCACAUUCAGGGAGGAAAACUGCACUCAUACCGGAAAGCCAUCUGAGCUCUCUGUUUGAGCGGAAGGCGUGUUUUCAUGCAAAUGGACAAGGUGAGGCAAUGAUGUCCAGGCUGCAGCUUUGGGGAGGGAGCUCUCUGAAGCCUUACGGUAUGUCCACGCUGGCUUGGAAUAAAAGAAUAGAAGGGGUGGCCAAGAUGAGCCAGGAAUAGGACCAGGCACUGUAGGGUCCCCUGCCUGGUCCCAGCAUUUGACUUUCUGACAACUGAAAUAGAAGCUGUGAUUCCUGUCCUCUGAAACUCUGAACGGAGCAAAGGAUGGAAUUGGCCCCCAAUUUGCCUGUGUCGCGAACGAAAGCAUCAGGAUGAAAGUCAAAUUCUCGGCGGGAGGUCCGUCAUCUCUCUUCCAGGUGCACCCUGACCCAGCCCCUUCUGAUGCUGAGCUCCAUCUUGGAUUUCUAGUUCUAGCAAAACGGAGCUUCUUCUGCGGUCCCUCCAGCUGCAAUGCCUGAGGCCUUAUUGGAUGAUCGCCUUCAUCCUUUAAGACUAAACAGAGGUGUUACCUGGAGGGAAACUCCCGACUCUUUCUCCCUCUUAAUUCUUCGAAGUCUGACUUUAGAGGAUCUGUCCUUUCUCCUGGAGAAGGGGUUAUUACUCUGUAAAGAAAUGUGUUCCACAGAAAGGGAAAGGCAAUAAGGCUAGUUGGUAGGGAAAAAAAAGUAGUUAAAUUAAUUCUUCAG